AUGCUCAUCCUUACUAUCGUCACGGCUUUCCUCCUCGCUGCACCAUCAGCCGCAGGAAAUCCAUCAGACCGUGCAAAUGCAGCCUGCUCCAGCUUGAAACUUCGCUUCCCCGCCUACACCUUCCUCCCGGGGACUCCAGGAUACUUAUACGAAACCCACGACCCAUAUUGGUCAGCAACCACAUACACCACACCAGCCUGCGUUUUUGUACCGCAAAAUGCAGGCCAAGUCUCGUACGCAGUCGCUACUAUUGCGCUCACGCAAUCAAAGUUGGCGGUGCGGGGAGGCGGGCAUAUGCCGAUUCCCGAGUACAAUGGGAUAGGCGAGUCGGGUGUGUUGGUGGCGUUGUCUAAUAUGACUAGGUUGGCGUUAUCCAGCGAUCAAUCCGUCCUAUCUUUUGGGCCAGGAAAUCGAUGGAGAGACGUAUAUGCAUAUCUCAGUCCAUUUGGGCUUGCGGCUGUUGGGGGUCGCGUGGGGCAUGUUGGAGUGGCUGGGUUGUUGCUUGGAGGAGGGAUAUCGUUUUUUUCCUCCGAGUAUGGGUUUGGCUCGGAUAACGUGGUUCGAUAUCAAUGCGUUCUGGCUAGUGGACUUAUCAUCGAAGCAACAGCCACAAAUGCCUACUCCGACAUCUUCUGGGCCCUACGCGGCGGCGGCAAUUCCUUCUGUAUUGUCACGAGAUUUGAUCUGCGGACCGUAAAAGGUAGUGAUGUACAUGUCGGUAUUGCGCAGUUCAACCAAUCGCAAGCAAAAGGGUAUCUAGACGGCGUGUAUAAUUUUGGAAAAUACGGCGGGCCGUCUGAUGUCAAAGCAGCCAUUAUUCCGACUAUUGUCACUGUGCCGGCCGCAAACAUAGCCGUGUACGCAGCUGCAAAGUUUUACAACUCUCUCACGGAUAACCAAAGGGUUUUUGAGAAUUUCACCGCGCCAAAGCUCGUUCCUGUUGCCGAUUCGUACGCGCUGCAGCCGCUGUCCGACUACAUCUCAGUGACAGAUGCGUUGCAACCUCUGGGGCUACGACAAGCAUUCCGAACCCUAUCUACAGUUGUUGACCGAGAAGCCGUUCAGAUCAUACACGAUACGUUCAAUUCCCUCGUGUACUCGGACUUGGCCAGGAUUCCUAAUCUCCAGGCGUCCAUCACGUUUCAGCCCAUCACAAAGGAGUUCCUCUCGCAUAGCGCUAAGAGCGGAGGGAAUCCCCAGGGAAUCGAUGUCAAAAAGGCUCCGUAUUUUUGGGUGGUUGAGAAUUUUACGUGGGGGGCUGCGGAAGAUGACGAUGCUGUACAUGCGGCAGCGGACAAGAUCACAGCAAAGAUUAACAGUCUUCUCCGCGAAAAAUCGUUAGCAGCACGAUAUUUGUAUAUGAAUGAUGCAGGGAAGGGCCAGCUAGUAUUUGAAAGCUAUCCUGCUGCUAAUUUGUUGAGGUUGGAGGCAAUUCGCGCAAAGUAUGAUCCGCUGAGGGUUUAUACUGAUUUGAUGCCUGGUGGAUGGAAAGUAGCUCAUGUAAAUAUUGGAUAG